AUGGACUCCGGCAACAGUGCCAGCCUCCAGUCGUCAAGCGGUGUCGGCGAGGACGAGCUCGACUCCAGAUGCGGCGGAAGCGUGGACUCCUCUCCUCUGUCCGCGCUGCUCCGGCUGUCCGCCUCACCGUCGCUCUCCUCGUCCGGCUUCGGCGCCACAUUCUACGGGCUUCAGGAACUCGAGGCGUCCACGCCGCUGCCGCCGUUGCCCCAAGUGGUGCAUCAGCAUCACUGGACGGCGGCCCUCUCGGCCAGCGACCGAGCCUCGGCAUCGUCCUCGUCGUCCCAUGGUUUGCCAGUUUCGGCCGACACGGCAACGGCGGCACCCACUAAGCCCGUGCUACCGACGACGCCGAGGGGGUCGAGGAAGCGGGCGCGGGCGUCGCGGCGCACACCAACGACAGUGCUGACCACUGACACCUCCAACUUCCGUGCCAUGGUUCAGGAGUUCACCGGCAUCCCCUCCCCGCCCUUCGCCGGUGCGCCAGCCCGCUCCCGCUUCGACCAACUACUAUUCUCCUCGCCUUCCUCCCUCCGCUCAUCUACCGCCGUUGCAAACCGGGCCGCGUCGUUUCCGCCCUACCUCCUCCGCCCCUUCGCGCAAAAGCAGCAGCGUGCACCUUUCCCGCCCUUCGCCUUGCCAUCCACGUCCUCGCCGGCACAGUCCAGCAUUGGAACUGCGUCUCCAACCGCCUGCUCAAGAACCACGGCUAUGGUGUCCGGUGACACCUACCGGUACCACCUGCUCGCGCCGGAUCCCCCGCCCGUGGGACGUGUUCGCUCCUUUCAGAGCCCAAUUGGCCUGCAGCUCGGCGGAGGCGCCAUGCAACCAAUGUUGGAUGCAGCGAACCGUGGCUUAGUUCCUUCCGCGCCGUCGUCGCAGAGGCUAGAAGACCCGGCCGACUUUCUGGGCUUCACGCAUGGCUUCCUGGGUUCCGAGGGGGCGCACUUGCCGUCGAACCCUCAUAACCGUGACCACCGCGAAGACGAGCUGUCAGGCCUGGUCGUGAGCGGCAUCUGCACGACGACCUACUCAGACAUCGCCGGCGAGGCCCCACCCCUACUCGAGCGCAAUAUGGGUUCGACUUCAGGCGGCGUUGCCGCGAUCACCACGACGGCACGGGCAACGGGGUCCAUGCGAACACAAGGUGUGGACGCGGGGAUCUGCACAUCGGAUUAG